UAAGGAACAGAACGCGGCUAUAUCCAGGCCCUAGGUAGUGCGCUGACGUAGGGAUUACCGGGGUCAAUUUGAACGCGGCUCCAAGUAUGCGGAAUUGGCUUCUGUUCGAGCGCAUAAAAUAAACCGAAUUAGGUCCGAGCUUGUUUUAAACACAGCGUCCAUCGUGUGGACAUUUCGGUACAAAAAAUCGAAACCAAGAAAAUGAUGCAAUAAACGCCAAUCAUGUCCAUGUUGAAGCUCCCGCUUCCGGGUUUUGUCGUGGGGGCGAUUGUGCGCGUGCUGACGCAGCUGAACUCGGCCGAGGUCGGAGUUGCACAGUCAUGCUGAUGUGGAUCAGACUUAUGGCACGGCAGUAAACAGCUGGAGAUAAAAAAAAAAAAAAAAAAACUCCGACUUCUUUAUGAUAUUGCGGUAUUAAAAAGAAGGCUCACUUCCGUGUUUCAGCAUGCCAAAAUCGGAGUGAAAAAGCAAUGAGUGUCACGCGCGCGACCAGAAGUUAAAGAGAGAACUUCAUUGUACUCCACAACGUAGUGCCUUUUGGUUGCUUAAAGAGACAUUAUGGAUUGAUCUAUUUUCUGGAUUUGUGCACCAUAUCAGAGAUCAUGGAUGCAUAACACAGACACACAUACUGGAACAGUGACUGAAGAUUUUUGUGUGGAUUUCGGAUGAUUUCGGACAUCUAGCUGUUUUGGUGCAAUUUUUUGUUGCCAUCCAUGUGAUAUUCUCUCUGUAUUUGGUCUAAAUUGUUGAACAAUGCCGAUUUGGAACGAGAGACAUCCCAGUCAAGAUGGAUUUAGAGUCAAACAAAAAAAAAAUGGCUUCCUAUCACCCAGUGACUACCAGUUGUGUCUGUAUUACUUCAUGACGCGUGGUUGGAUCUAGACUCUUUUUCCUGUGAAACCAAAUAACAACCCAGGCUUGGAGAAUGAUAUGUCCAAGGAAGAAGAGGCCCAUCAAAGAUGAGGAUUUUUCAGCCAUCGUGGUCCCCUCCAUGAAAGGCCAUGGUUAUCUGGACUACACCAUCGAGAGCCACCCUUCCAGAGCCCUUCAGCUCAUGGACGAGUUGCGUCAUCAUGGACUGCUCUGUGACCUGGUCCUUCGAGCAACAUACAAAGAUACGAUAAUGGAUUUCAAGGUGCACAAACUGGUACUGGCAGCCUGCAGCCCAUACUUCAAAGCUAUGUUCACCAGCAACUUCCAGGAAUGCCAGGCCUCAGAGGUGACUCUCAGGGAUGUUUGCCCUCAGGUGAUCAGUAGGCUGGUGGACUAUGCCUACACCUCCCGGAUCACAGUAGGGGAAAGGUGCGUGCUGCAUGUCCUGCUGGCUGCCAUGCGCUUCCAAAUGGAGGAUGUGGCGAAAGCAUGCUGUGACUUCCUGAUGAAGAACCUAGAGCCCUCAAACGUCAUCGGGAUUGCCCGGUUUGCAGAGGAGAUCGGCUGUGUCGAGCUGCAUCAGCUGUGUCGGGAGUACAUCAAUAGUCACUUCAGUGAGGUGACCAAAGAAGAAGAGUUCUUCAGCCUGACGCAUUGCCAGCUACUGGAGCUCAUCAGCCAGGAUAGCCUGAAGGUUCUGUGCGAGACCGAGGUCUACAAAGCCUGCAUUGACUGGGUGCGGUGGGAUGCCGAGGCUCGCUCUCAGUACUUCCAUGCUCUGCUCAAUGCCGUGCGUAUUUACGCCUUGCCGGCCAAGUUCCUCAAGAGGCAGCUGCAGUCAUGUCCUAUCUUGAGCAAGGCCAACUCCUGCAAAGAUUUCCUCUCUAAGAUCUUCCACGACAUGACCCUCCGCAAGUACCUGCCCCCUACUCCAUACCGAGGCACCAAGUUGAUCUACAUGGCUGGGGGUUAUAAGCAGCACUCACUUGCCUCUAUGGAGGCUUUUGACCCACGAAACAACACCUGGCUGCACCUGGCACCAAUGGCGCAACCGUGCAGUGGCUUGGGGGCCUCUGUACUGUUUGGGCUAUUUUACACUGUGGGGGGUCGGAACCUUUCAAUGCAGAGCAACGCAGAUUCCGCAACACUGUCCUGCUACAACCCCAUGACCAAUCAGUGGACCCAGCUUGCUUCUCUUAAUACAGCCAGAAAUAGAGUGGGCACUGGGGAACUUGACGGGAGCAUCUAUGCUGUUGGAGGAUCCUAUGGCUCCACUCAUCACAACACAGUGGAGAGGUACGAUCCAGAGACAAACAGGUGGACAUAUGUUGCGCCAAUGUCAGUGGCACGCCUGGGAGCUGGGGUAGCAGCAUGUGGCGGGGCUCUGUAUGUGGUGGGGGGCUUCGACGGGCAAAAUCGGUGGAAAACAGUGGAACGAUAUCAACCAGACACCAACACUUGGCACCAUGUAGCAUCCAUGAACACUGCCCGAAGUGGCUUAGGUGUGGUGUCUAUAGAUUCUUACCUCUACGCAGUGGGCGGUUACGAUGGCCAAUGGCAACUCAACACUAUGGAGAGAUAUAACGUAGCUAGAGAUGUCUGGGAGCCUAUGGCAUCCAUGGCCCACAGUCGAAGUGCCCAUGGAGUCACGGCCUACCAUGACAAACUCUUCGUAUUUGGUGGUUUCAACCAGAAUGGUUUCCUGUCCAGCGUGGAGAGUUACUGCCCAGGAAGUAACCAGUGGACGUACGUGACUGACAUGCCGGUGGGCCGAAGCGGGAUGGGAGUGGGUGUAACUAUGGAGCCAUGCCCGGGCUGCCUUCCAGAGGAAGAAGAAGAAGUAUGAUGUAGACUUUGAACUUUGCACCGUCAUCACAGUUCAUGCCUUGCCCACUGAGUUGGGGGCAGAUUCAAGGCAGUCUUCCCAGCUGGAACUAUUUUGACUCUGAGGCAGUAUUUGACAAGACUGCGCUGUGUGUGUUUUGUGUGUUUUUAAAAAGCAAUCGUUGGAACUACUGACAUUUCCUGAUGAGCUUGGAUAGAUAAAAUCUGAAUAAAGGUUUUGAUCUGUA